CCACUCCAAGGGGCUCAUAAAUGCUGUCCCGGGGAAGGGGUAGGGGGCCUUUGGGGACCAGACGCCUGCAUCCGGGAUUCACCAUGAGAUGGUGAAUGAGAGAAGAGAAGGAAGAGAAGCGGCACAGUGAGGCUAUCCCAGGGGCAGAUCUUGCACAUAUGGGGCAUUGGGCGAGGGAGCUGCGUAUGGGAGGCUAGUGUUAGAUGGGUAGAGAGGCCAUGAGAUCAGCUGUACCAGUUUCUGAAGAGCAUUUAAAACCAGGAGGGUUGUUUUAAGCAGCUCCCUGGAGUCAGGGAUGGUGUCUGAGGACAGAGACUGUGUAUGUGGAGGAGAAGGCAGCCACAGCAUCUGACAAGUGCUGGAGUGUGGAGAGCAGAGACUGAGGUUGCUCAUAGGGAAAGGAGCUGCAGCAGUCAGGGUAAGAGGAGAUCUACUGCAGGGUCGUGCCUGUGGCUUAUCCUACGGGUGUGGAGUAACUUCCUUAAAGAUGAAGGGGAAAGAGCUCAGCUCCAGAAUCCUGUGGCACCUGCUAAGGCAAUACCUGCGCAAUAGCCUGAGGGUACUGAAAGUGCGAGGAGCUCUCUACUCCAUGAGAAAGCAUGAGUUCCUUUCCCCAGCGCUGUUGCAGGCACUCGGGAAGCAGUGUCCCAGCCUCUAUCACCUGUGCCUGACCCAGGCUGACCUCCGUCGGCUCCCAUAUGACUGUAUACCGUCUUCUCUAAAGAGCCUGAAGCUGAGCCAGUGUGAGAUCCCAGCUGUGUGGUUCCAAAAAUCUGCAUCUCCAGAGACUCCCAGAGUCCUGCCACAACUGCAGCAUCUCAUGAUCCAUAACGUCUCUGCCUUUUCUGAUCAGCAUCUGCUUAACGUAUCAUCUCAGACCAGCCUAAGGACACUGACCCUCUCUGGAACCUACCGGCUGACGGACGCUGGAAUUCAGAGAGCAGCCCCAUAUCUGGAGGACCUGGAAUGCCUGGUCCUGCGCAAAUGUGUCAUUACAGAUGCUGCUGUUCACUUCAUCGGGCGUCACAUGAAACAGCUCCGCUCUUUGGAAUUCAGCAAUACUUGUUCCCUAACAGAUGCAGGCCUGGCUUGUUUAGCAGCCUUGAAGUGCUUGGAAACCCUCCACCUCGAGUCCAGGUUUAAGCUUUCCCCCGAUGCCAUUGUUGCUGUGUGCCAGGCACUCCCCCAGUUAAGCAAUCUCAAUUUAGAUGGGAUUGACUUUGAAGACCAGACAAUACAUAAAAUUCAGGCAAGUUUGCCCAACUGCCGUUUCUAAUGUGCUCCCUGACACACAUUCUGAGGCGAAAUGUUAACAGUGGGGAGUUGUAUGGAACACAUGAGGGUGAGCUGUGGGGUGUUCACCCCCUUGAAAUAACUCCCAGAAUUGCUUCUUCUGGGCAGGGUUGUACUCCCAGUGGCAGUUGCAUUUAUCUGUCAUAGAUUCAUAGAUUCUAGGACUGGAAGGGACCUCGAGAGGUCAUCGAGUCCAGUCCCCUGCC